GCGCGUGUCUGUGUGCGCGUGCGUGGAAGGCAGCAGCCCUGCCUACCGUUGACGUUCCCCACUCUUUCUCUUGUCACUGUUUUUCGGGAGGCGAACUGGGCGAGAGGUCCGCUCUUCUCUCGUCUUUCUUAGAAAACAGAUGGUGUGUUCGUGACCCGGCGGAGACGUAUCUUCGCCCUCACACGCCGGCGACUUCUUCAAUUACCGCUGCAGCACUUUUAACCAAAUCAAAGAGGAGAGGAGCCAAGGGCGGACUGGACAGAGAGGAAGAACCAACCAUAGGACUCACACACUGGGAGGCUGCACGUCCGCCUGCUCUCUUCAAUAAAUUGAUUUAUUUACCCGGGCCCUGAACGUCUCCCGGCGUCCAGAAGUGCUGCCUCAGCCGGUUCCUGCUUCCUUUUAAACUGACUGCGUCUUCGUGGACUGUCCCCAGAAUUAUUCAGCAAGCUAACAGGAACACACAAAGUCCCCUGCUUUUUUUCUUCUGAAUUCAGACCGUGGUGGCCAGAGGGACACUGAGUCCUCGCCUCUGUUUCCUCUUAUCAGCCCCUAUCGGUUGCUGUGUUUUCCACCGGCUGUGCGCGCUUUCCUCCUUUCUCAGCAGAAGACGAUGCAGGUGGAGGUAAACCGGUGACCACAGGGGCUGUUUUGUUAACUAUCCAGCAGCGUGUCAACAGAGAUGAGAGGAUAGCGUCUGGGAGGGGAUUUGGGGGAAAGCGAAGCGCUAAGUGGGGGGUUCAGUGUUGGUUUUCCUUCUUCAAAUGAGGCAGACACACCAUAAAGACAUGAAGUGGAUGUAGCCAACCGGUUCAGUUUUUUUUAAAGCAUCAGUUUAAGCUGGAUCACUGUCUUGGUGAUCUGUGCUGCCUUCACGGACUGUGACAAUGAGGAUUUUAUGAGAAGUGAAGCCUUUCCCCCUCUAUCUACAUACAGCCAGGCUAGUCUGGGGUGGCAUUUCUUUCUUUCUUUCUUUUUUCACCCGGUGUGAACACAACCCAGACUUUUUUUUUCUCUCCUGGACGGCGAAGCUCACUCAGGGACAAAAAAUGUCUUUACGCACAGCACUGCCUGGGAACGAGCGGAACCCGGACCAUCAUACCUCCCUGUCGGCCAGCCGCUCAGAGAAGGGCACGGGCUGGUCAAGCCGCUCACUUGGUGCCAGAUGUCGUAACUCCAUCGCCUUGUGUUCAGAUGAACAGCCACACAUUGGAAACUACCGACUGCUCAAAACCAUCGGCAAAGGCAACUUCGCCAAGGUUAAACUGGCGCGACACAUAUUGACCGGCAGAGAGGUUGCAAUAAAGAUCAUCGAUAAAACACAACUGAACCCAACCAGCCUUCAGAAGGUGUUUCGAGAGGUACGCAUCAUGAAAACUCUGAACCAUCCAAACAUAGUCCAGUUAUUUGAGGUGAUUGAGACCGAGAAGACACUUUACCUGAUUAUGGAGUACGCUAGCGGAGGGGAAGUGUUCGACUACCUCGUGGCUCAUGGCAGGAUGAAGGAGAAAGAGGCCAGAGCCAAGUUCAGACAGAUUGUUUCAGCGGUGCACUACUGUCAUCAGAAGAACAUUGUUCACAGAGACUUGAAGGCGGAGAACUUGCUUCUAGACGCCGACUCCAACAUUAAAAUAGCCGACUUUGGCUUCAGUAAUGAGUUCAUGACGGGUAAUAAACUGGACACGUUCUGUGGCUCCCCGCCCUAUGCUGCCCCCGAGCUCUUCCAGGGGAAGAAGUAUGACGGUCCAGAGGUGGACAUCUGGAGCCUGGGGGUAAUUCUGUACACGCUUGUCAGCGGGUCCCUGCCCUUUGAUGGACAGAACCUAAAGGAGCUGAGAGAGCGUGUUUUGAGGGGGAAAUAUCGCGUGCCCUUCUACAUGUCAACAGACUGCGAGGGAAUCCUUCGCCGCUUCCUGGUCCUCAACCCCACCAAGCGCUGCUCGCUGGAGCAAAUAAUGAAAGACAAGUGGAUUAAUAUUGGCCAUGAUGGCGAUGAGCUGAAGCCUCACAUGGAGCCUGUGGAAGACUUUAACGAUACCGGCCGCAUUGAUGUGAUGAUUGGGAUGGGAUUCACCAGAGAAGAGAUCAGAGAUGCGCUGGCCAAUCGAAAAUACAAUGAGCUCACUGCCACAUACCUGCUGCUGGGACGCAAGACGGAGACGGAGGUCACUGACUCUCGGUCUAGCAGCACUUUAAGUCUGGCUCGAAUCCGGCCCGGCGGCAUCACCAACGGAACAAGCAAGCACUCCACUUCUUCUUGCUCCUCGGGUGCACAGUCUUCCUCUUCUGGCCAUAAGGCACAGCGCAGUGCCUCCACGUACCACCGCCAGAGACGACACUCUGAUUUCUGCGGUCCAGCUGUUCCAGGAUCAACACACCCAAAACGAAGUCCCAGCGGCGUAGCUGAAGGGGCGGGGCUUAGAGAGGAGCGGCUGUCGAUACGCAAGCCAAGCACCAACACUGUUGGCUCCCGUAGCAUCCCCACCCCCUCCAGUCCCAUGGUUAGCUCUGCUCACAACCCAAAUAAAUCUGAGAUACCUGACCGGCGUAAGGAGGUUAACUCAACCACGAAUAACAUCCCUGCUAGUGCUAUGACUCGAAGGAACACGUAUGUGUGCACAGACCGAUCCAACUCUGAUAGACACGCCCUGCUACAAAACGGCAAGGAAAACAGUUCCACAUCCCACCGCCUCCCCCCUGCCUCCCCCUCUACCCACAGCAUUGCAGGUGCCUCUGGGACCUCCUCCUCAUCCUCCACGCCUUCCUCCCGUCUGUCCCGGGGAUCCACAGUGAGGAGCACUUUUCACGGAGGGCAGAUUAGAGACCGCCGGCCUCCCUCUCACGCUCCUCCAGCGUCUCCUACGCUGUCCCACGAUGCCAGCCCACUGCCCCAUGCCAGGACCCGGGGUACGACCAACCUGCUCAGCAAAAUCACCUCCAAGCUGACUCGCAGGGUCACUCUUGACCCUUCUAAACGUCAGAGCUCAAACAAGUCCAUGUCGGGCUGCACCCUCCCGCAGGGAACAAAAACAGUUAACGAACCUGAGAGAAUCAGCAGAUCUCCGGUCACAAGUCGCCAUCUAUCUGGGCAUCAGAAAGCGGCCGAGCCCCGGACCCCCCGAUGCGGCUGGGAUGUGAGGGUACGGAGCCCCCGCGACCCGGCCGAGGUGGUGCUUGCGCUGCGUGAGGCGGCACAGGGCUGCGGCUGCCAGGUCCACCUGGCUGGGCCUUUCCUCCUGUCCUGCACCCACGGAGCAGCCGGGGCCCGCGUGGCCUUCGAGGCCGAGGUCUGCCAGCUGCCCAGCGGGCUGGGCCAGAGCAGCGGUGUAAAGUUCAAGCGCCUCUGGGGGGCACCGUUAGCCUUUAGAGACAUUGCCACCAAAGUGUCCAAGGAGCUGGAGCUCUGAGGGCAACCGGGGGUGAGGCAGAUUGACAACGCACAGGACAGGUUAAUGAAUGAUGAGGGAUGAAGAGGAGAAGGGUCACAAGCCCUCUUCUCUUCAUCCCUGGGCUCCACCUCAGCUGGCGUGGCUAAUGAUGCCUCGCCUCCGCCAAAGACCCUCUUCUUCUGAUGCCACCAGUCACAGGCAGACAAAUGGAUACACAGAUGUGGAUAGCCCACCGCUGCAGGCUUAUGAUGACCCUUGACCUUGGAGCUGUCAGUGACCUACAAUCCCUGCUUAACACCACCACUAUAAAAAAAUGAGCCCAUAGAGUCAGACUGUUUUUGUUUUCAUGAUUUCAUAUUUGAUGAUGAUGAUGGGGAUGGUGCGAAUGAUGGAGCUGAAUAAGUUGUUGUUGUUGACAUUGUUAUUCCUUUUGUAUCAUAUUUGUUGUCAUU